AUGAAAGAUUAUCUUUCUCCAACAACCAUUGUUUGCAAUUUGGUUCCGAAAACUGAAGAACACGAAAAAUUUGGCGAUCUUGUUGGAACGGAUGACAUCAUUGAUAAAUUAAAGAUUACUUUGUUGCCAUUUAAGCUGAAGAGACUGAACUUGUGCUCUAGAGAAAUUCUCAUAUUUGGUCCGAAUUGUUGUGGGAAGAAUACACUGGCCAUGUGCAUUGCCGCCGAACUUGAUCUGCCAUUGGCAGUUGAUGGACAACUUUUGAAAAAUUUUGUUGAAAUUUUCAGACAGGGAGAAAAUUUUUCAGCUGAAGGAACCAGUUGUUGUUCAGAUGUGAAGAAUGACGCGAAGACCAAAAAACAUGAAGUCACAUUGUUUCAGAUUGUUGAUGCCAAACAGAAAGCUGAUGUUGAAGGCUCUACAGAAUUUUUUGCAUCAGCCAUUGUUUGCAAUUUGAUUUCAAAAACUGGCAUAAUACCUAAUGAUCCUAAACAAAACGAAAGUACCAAAUCUUCGCCAUAG